AUGGGGCUGGUCUCGGGGCUGGGCAGAGCCCUGCGGCGCCGCAGGGGCCAGCGCAGGAUCCCGGCCCCGCGGCUCGGGGCCCAGCUCUGGCCAGAGGAUCCGAGCAAGGCCCAGGAGUUCGCCCGCAGCCUCGGUGGCCUCACCCUGGGCCUGGCCCUGGCCAGCAUUUAUGGGAUCCUGGUGCUGCUGGUGCAGGGCCACAACGUGUGGUACUGCCUGAGCGUUACCGUCAUCCUGGGCGCGGGGCUGGGCCUGGGCAUGGCCUUCUCCAUGAAGACACGGAUGAUUGUGCUGCUGGCGCUGCCGCACUUCUUCACCAGGGAGGGGAAGAUGCUGAUCAUGAUGCUGGCGCUGUGCCUGACCGUGCAAGGCCCUGGCACCAAUCUCAUGCAUAACAUCUCCCAGCUCGCCAAGGCGCUGUCGUGUGGGGCUGAGCUGGCCCAAAACCAGACGGCCGAGCGGCUGCAACGUGCCAAGGAGCCGCUGCUGAACUUGCAGAAGAAAAUCAAGGAGCUCGGCCAGAAUGCCAAGGUGGUGGGUGACCGCGUCCGUAAGUUUGUCCGCUCCAUCAUAGACGCCACCAGACACGUUGCCCGGGCCCUGCGGAACGUUUGGAUGUGGCUGGCGAGGGCUGGCUAUUCGUGUAACCGUGAGCUGGGGUCACCAAAGGACAGCUGCUUUCGCUACAUGGACAAGGCCCAGGACAGGUGUGAGCGUGCCCUCCCCCUCCUCUUCCACAUCUGCUAUGUCGUCCAAAGCUUCAAGGGCCUCUGCAAAAUAUUGAAUGCUAUUGGUGUCAUGUUCUGCAGCAUCCCUUGGUACAUCCAGACCUUCAUCCGGAUCAGUGUCGCAGGCCCCCUCACGGAUGCCCUGAACCGCAUCCGCGCCGAGUUUGAGUUCAACAUCUCGGUCGUGCACCACUUCAGCGUCAACCUCAACGCCAGCAAGACCCUGGGCGAGGUGUCUGCUGACAUGAUGGCGGCGGUGCAGCGGUACAUGGAGCCCUACCACCACGUCCUGGAGCUCUUCUCCUACAUCUCUAUCUUGGCCAUCCUCUUCUUGUACUACCAGGCCAUACGGUACCGGCGCCGCUACCUGCGGGACGACACCUUUGACAACGUUUACAUCACGCGGCGCUUCGUGGAGCUGGACCUGCGGUGCGCGGAGCAGGGCAAACCCACCGUGCUGCCGCUGUCGGUGCUGGAGAGGGGCCGCUACAUCCCCCCAGGUGCGCUGUGGCUGUCGAAGACCGAGCGACGCCAGUACGGGCUGCAGCUGUUUGAGUUCCUGCGUCAUGUGCUGCUGGGGUUCAGCAUCCUCCUGGCUGACUACAGCAUCUUCUGGCUACUUGACCUGUUCCGGCACCAGCUGAACACGGAGGUCAUCGCCAGGGCGCCGUCGACAAUGACCAUCACUGUCAACGGGACGGGCUACACCAGCGAGAUCUUCCAGGAUCUGGUCUCUGCCUUCAACACGCUGCAGGAGGGCAAGGUCUCGGUGCUGUCCCCGGUCUGCCUCAUUGAGCCCGUGGAGCCUGACCGCAACACCCACAUCACCAUAGGAAUCCUGUACGGUGUCUGGCUCUUCAUUGCUGUCUUUGGUACCUAUAUGGCACGUCUGCGCCGGGCAGUGUGUGCCGCCUACUUCCCGUCCCGCGAGCAGGAACGCAUUGCCUUCCUCCACAACAUCAUCCGGGCACGGCGGGGAUGGCUGCUGUUUGCCCUGUGCCAAAUUGGCACACGGCGCUUGGCUGACACCGGGAAAAGCAGGCUCUUCCUUAUCCUCAUCUCCAGGUACCCUCUCCUUGUCCGCCUCGCUCGCCGCUUCGGCAUCCAGCGCAAACACUGCCUGAUCUGUGGGAUGGGAGAGCGGCCGGGUUUCACCGCCUGCAUCACACCCAACUGCAAAGGCAGGAGCCCCCACAGCCUGGGGACCCCCUCCCCAGAAAAUUCCACGUCCCCCCUGACGGCCCCGUUUUCCACAGGGUUGUACUGCAGUGAUUGCUUCAGAACCCUGGACAAUACCUGCUCCGUCUGCAUGGCCCCCCUGAGCUACCCAGACUCUGGGGAUGAGGAGAUGGACUCCAGCGACGAGGAGACACCGCGGCUGUGGCUGGAUGCUGUGCGGGCGCUGCGGGGCCAGGAGCGAGGGCGGAAGCUGCUGCAGCGCAUCAAGGACCUGAUAAGGGGCCGGAGACUCCCUUUCAGAACGGCCACCCGGCUGCAAGACCAGCUGGAGGAGGAGGAGAGGGAGGAUUUGCUCUCCAGACACGACUUUGACUACGAGGAGCAAGCUGAGAGAGAGGAUAGAGAGCUGCAGGAGGUGGUGGUCUUGCAGACCCCCAGCCAAGUUCCCUCUUCAUUGGAGCAUCCCACCGGCGUCAGUUCUGGGGCAGAAUCCCACCAUCCUCAGAAACCUCCCAACACAACCCUGAAGCGAGUGGUGGUCUCGGUCCUGCCCGGCCCGUGCAGCCGGUUCCUCUGGAGCCGGCCGGACGAGUAUCGUUACAGGAAGUUCUUCCUGGGCGCCGGCUUUGGGAUGCUCCUCGGCCUCGGGCUCUGCCACCUCCUCAUCAUGCCCCUGGACCUGUCAGAGACAAAGAGGGUGAAGCUUACCUGGGGGCUGACAGGGGUGACUGCCUUAGGCUGGGCCACGUCCCCCCACUUCCGCUGUGCCAACCUCCUCAUGCUCCCAAAGUUCCUGGGAAAAGAGGGUCGGCUCUACGUCGUCUCCGUUGUCUUCGCUGCCAUCUACAGCGGGCCCGGGGCCAACCUCUGGUACAACCUGAUGGAGACGAAGCGCUCGAUGGACUGUGUGUUGGAGCUACAGAUCAACCACACAAGACAUCUGUGGCAGGCAUCUACAGCCCCCCUGCGCCAAGUCAUGGAAGAGCUGGUGAAGAGCGCCGAGACACUCAACGCCGAGGUGCAGAACGUCUCGCAAGCCUUCGUGGAUCUGAACGAGCAGGUGGCCAGCGAGGAGGGCUACGACCUGCGGAAAGGCCCGUACAUGGGCGGCCAGCGGGUCCCCAGCACCCAGGAGAUCUAUGAGAAUAAGACCAAACUUCGCUGUGACACUGUGAUCCAGAAGGGCCUGCAGCGCUGCACAGACCAUUUCCAGACAAUGCACAAACACUGCAUGAGAAUAGUGGUCGUGCCCAUCCUCAGCCAUCUCAUCUGCCUGCCCAUGCGGUUUGGGUUCCUCUGCCACUCGGUCAAAGUCAUGACCCCCUGGUGUGAGGAGAGGGUCCCUGUGGAUGGGAACUUCGGGCAGACGUAUGACCAGGUGAACGACUCCGUCAACAGCCUCAGCCAGGAUUCAGCGCCAGAGGAGCACCACAAGAUGCUGGUGGGCAGCGAGAUAGCGGAGCAGCUGCGGGAGGAGGUGACCUCGCAGCUGCGGGAGGAAGGCGCCCGCCUGGGCCUGGCCGUCUCCUUCUUCCGCCUGCUGCUGUCCUUCACCUUCCUCUUCGUCUUCUUCUCGGCUUUCCACUACACCUACCAAUACUGUCACAAGCUCGGCUUUGACAACUGCUACAUCACCACCUAUUUCCGCCAAAUCGAUGCCCGGCGUGGAGAGCAGAACAAGCCGACACUGCUGCCCCUGCUCCGGGAGGAGACCUCGUCCCUCAUCUUCCCGAGCAAACCGGCCCUGCAGCGGCCUGAGCGGCAGUACAUGGUGAUGGAGCUGCUCAGGUGCAUCCCACUCCUGCUCUUCCUCCUCUUCGUCUGUGGCCUGGACCACUUCCUCUUCAGCAUUCUCAGCAUCAUCCAGCACCAUUCCUUUAUCGAGUAUUCCUACCAGGCCAGCCACCACUUGACCGUGAACGUGACGGGCACAUCCCUGAUGGCGGAUCUGCUGCGGUCCACCAUCGGGGCCCUCAACACCUCCUUCGACACUGAAAUUGAGACCUCAAACCUCGCCUGCCUGCCCCAGCCCACCGGGAUGACGAGGCAGCAGUACCUCAACACCUGCCUGCCCCUGGGCGCGCUGGGCCUGCUCUGCCUGGCCCAGGUCUACCCGUUCCGCCUGCGCCGCGUCAUCGCCGCCUUCUACUUCCCCAAGAGGGAGAAGACUCGGGUGCUGUUCCUGUACAACAAAAUGCUGCGGCAGCGGAAGCAUUUCUUGCACCUGCAGCGUGGGCGCGUAGCCCGGCAAGCACGGCGGCCGCCCGGGCCGGGGACGUUGCUGCUGCGGUGGUGCCGCCGGCGUUGGCCCCGGCUGCGCCGCUACUUGCGCCAGAGAUGCACCUUGUGUGGGACGCCCGAGACGCCGCAGCACCAGCCCUGCCCCAAUCCCCAGUGCAGCGCCUUGUACUGCGAGUCGUGCUGGAGGGAAGUGGGGGGCACCUGCCUCGUCUGCAGCCCUGCGGACCCCGACCUCGUCCAGGACAGCAGCGAGGAGGAGGAGGAGCAGGGAUACGCGGGCUGA